UCGGGCAGCAGCGACGCCGUUGCGUGUCAUCAGCGUGGUCAUUCUUUGGGCAUCAACCUUUAUGGAUAAAGCUAAAAAUGAUGGUGGCUCGAGAUCGUUGUGCUUGGAGUUCCAUGCAAGAGACCUAUGUCAAGCAGUGGACGUCUAUUGGCUGAUAAGAGUUUAAUGAAUACAAUACUUCCAGUUCCAAGCUGUAUACAAUAGUUCCAUUUACUGCAAUUACUGGGAUAUCUCUCAUUAUUUCUGGAAUAACACUAUUGUGUUUUCCAUCUGAAAUGGUCCACGAAGAAAUAAUUCAACAGAAACUAGUAAUAGAUUACACACAUUGUACCCCAUUGAACUCAUUGUAUGAAAGCUGCGAAUAUAUCUUCCACAAAAGAGGCGAGGACAUAUGCCCAUGUCGCAUUUAUCAGAACAUCACUGACCGCCUGCAGGGCAAGUUGACUGUUUACUCUCAGAUAGAGAUGUCCAACCAGCAAUUCUUGAACAGUGAUAACUCUAGUAUCAAGAAUUUUGCUGACUUAGUAUCGAAUUCAUCAAAACAUUGUGACCCAUACACAACUACAGAACCAACAAGCAAUGAAACUUGUGAGGCCAUACCAGACGAAAUAUUUAGAGAUAAUUUCAAAAUAGCAACAAUGCCGAACCGGCUUGACGUGGCCCAGUUCUACAAAACGAAUAAGUGGGGUCCAGCAGGAAACAACUCCGUAAAUGGUCUUCGGAACGGUAUAACAAUAUUGUUGAAUGAUACAUUAGAUAAGAUGGGCAAGACGUCGAUUAGGAACGGAAGUUUUAUAUUUUAUAUUUCACUAUAUAAGAAUACCAACAUAUGGCAGAGAACGUUUAUCAUCUCUGCACAGAGAACAGAUGUCACAACUACACACAGGUUGUUCGUGAUUGACUACGUCGCAAUCGGCUUGGGCCUCGCCUUGCUGAUCGGAUCCAUCGCUGUGUUAGCAUUACGCAAGCAGUUGCUACGACCAUUACGUGCAUCAGGGGCCGAGAAGAAUAAUGCAGCUGAGGUUACCGAAGGCGAAAUCUCGUCAAACAUCCGCAAGCCUAGUUCUCUGUCCACAGAUAAACUGCUGACUACUGCAAACACAGACAUCACAAGUAUAGAGUCUGAACACAAUGAAUGUGAUUCAGAGGACGAUACAAAAUGUAAUCUGACGAUAUCAGACAAAAUAAACGAAGUGUAGUGUUUUCAGUGGUAUUAACUCAGACCAAUUGUAGAUGGACCAGUACUCACGAAUCAUUUUCUGAGUAAAAUUAGCUAGGAUUUGGUAUAUAUAAUAUACUAAACUAAAAGGUGUUGCGUAAUAGUACAUUAUGAUAUAAGUGCGGUAAGUUGAAAAUUACAGCCGAGGCGAUAUUGCAGCUCGAGCCUUAGCGAGAGCUAUAGUAAGGAAGCAGAGGCUGUAAUUAUCAAAGCGCACGUCAUACGACUUUUUUAUAACACAUUUGCGAGGAAACACACUUUGAACACUAUUAUAAUUAAAUUGCAUCUUUGCCUGUUUUCCAUAAGAUGACAUUUUAAUACACUUGUCAUUUUUGCACAGAUAACGAAGUGCGCACACCAGCACUUACCAGUAUUACUAAUAAAGUAAAUUAUUGUUUUUGUGUUUCUGAUACAGAUAAAUGGUUGACAUUUAUUGUCAAAAAUAUUAAAAUCUCACAAAGUUAAUUUUAUUCAUAAAAUGUUGAGCACUUUCCUGACAUAAAACUCAUAAACUCUUUGCCAAGAUUUAAAAAAGUACCGUUCGUUUAUAGACGGAUGAUAAAGGUUUUAUAUUACAUCACGACACAUGUGCAUUUUACUAUACAUUACGGCACAUGUGAGAUACAUUACGAUGUUGAAAUUGGUGCAAUAAGCAAUACUUUACAAGCUAUUGUGUUAUAAAAGCUAUUUUUACAGAGCUAUUUAACCGACGAACACGAUCACAACUAUGAAACAUCGAUACUAUAGAGACUGUUUUUAUAAUCGCAUUAGAUCGUUGAUCAUAUACUUUGGCUAAAAAGUAACGAGCGAGACAGGUCCUAUACAAUAAUUGGUCUGAGGGUAAUAACUAAAAUACCUCGAACUCUCGAUUCGAACAAAACUCGAUCUGAUUUUAUGAUAUCUAAUGCCAUCCAUACACGGUCAAGUAAACUGUGUUUUGGUAUUUUUUUUCACUGUCCACAUACCUAUACUAAAGCCAAACUUGAUGUGCAUUGUUUAUCUACAAACAAAUUAGAAACAAUACUAGACGGUAUCCUAGACUGAGUGUGGCUGGCGUAAAUAAAAUGAUUGUAAUCACUACUCUACCUCAAAAACAGUGCAUUUUUAUAAUAUCAGUAAAUGUUUUUCUCUGUGAGAAAAAAUUGUUUUGCAUUUAGACUGCUUUUGGAUUUUUUCAUCACAAAUAUUCUAUAAAUAUUAUAUUGUAGGUGCAUGAAUGUCAUUUUAUUUUAUUUGCGAUAUAUUAAAACUGUCUAUUUUAUACUUUCUUACUUUUCGACUUUCCGCUAGUAUAGUAGUUUAAGUUUAAGUUGUAGACAAGAAUUUAGAUUUCACAAACGUUUUCAUUAAAUGGCUACGUUUGUAUGUAUGUAUGUGUAUGUGUGUAAGAGUCAUAAAUGAAGAUUAUAUUAUCUACGAUAAAUUAUUACAAUUAUACAUACUAUAUUAUAAACUAAAAUAAUUGUUAUUAAUUACUAUUUAAAAAAAUAAUUGUUGUUAAUUGAUUUUUUUUAUAAAACUUUAUAACAUCACCAUUACAUUGGUACACACGAUCAAGUUUGCCGUUCAGUUUGCGGCGCGUUUAUUGUUAAAAUAGGAUUCUUAAAAAAAAAUACCGACCAAAUUGAGAACCUCCUCCUUUUUGAAGUCGGUUAAAAAAUUGAAUGUCAUUUGAUAUCGACAAGUCAGGUGAUCAAGUUAUCGAUCAGAUCUAUCGUUUUUUAGUUUUCGGAGCGUUAGCGUUUGUAGAAAGAGAACCGACGUGCCACAUGGCUAGAGACCAAAAGGUUAUCCGUGGUUAUGGUUUUGAUAUUUUUAUCACUGUCCACAUCCUUAAGCGCACUGCAAUGUGGACGGUAAACUUGAUUAUACGAGUUAAUUAUGUGUUAACGUUAAUAUGUAUUAUGUCUAUAUUAAUUGUACUUUAAAACGGUAAGUGUUUAUUAUAGCUAUGUACACACCUAAUAUCAAAGAUUACAGAAUGAUCCAGAUUGAGUCUUUACCACCCGCGUGGUGCAGCCGGUGAAACCUAUAAACAAUGCAAACGUCCCGCGCGAGUCUUCACAUUCACAUGUUGUUGCUAUCUACAAACUUUGUCAUUAUUUUCCCUGAAUUUCUUUUUAUUUUAAUUAAUACCCAGUAGUUCAGUAAACAUAUUAUAACGUACCCAUUUGUUGCAUAAUUUUAGGGAGAAUAUUUUAAAUUUAAACUAACAACACCAAACUAUUUUCUGGAGGUUUUGUAUUUCAAGAUUUAACACUAACUCAGACCAGACCCAUGUAAGAUACUCCAUCUUCUUUCUUUUGUUUUUGUGUAAGUAAGACUGCAUUUUUCGUAUAUAAUAUUGAAAAUUAUUGUGCCAUAGUAAUGAUACGAUGAUACGCUUCGUGACUUUGUGUCUUACUGACUCAAGAAUGUGUUCGCUUUUCAAUUUGUAUUUGGAUUAGCUGCUUCUCUGUCGUGUUCCAUGCGCUCUAUCUGCCUAUUCUUUAAUCUGUGCCUAAUAUAUGUAUAUUAGUUUGUAAAAACCUGCCAAAUUAAUUAUUAUAUAAAAUAUAUGUAUAUUUUUUAAUAAAUAAUAAUAACAGUUACUAAUGGCAAACGGUCGUUAGUCUGCAGUUUGUCUUGGACAACGGAAACCACCACAUGGAAGGGUCCAUCAGGUAAAAGAAAAGUCUAGACCGAGGCAGCGAUGGGAUGACGACAUCACUCAAGCGGUUGGGGAUAGAUUGGAUUGACCAAGGCAAGGACAGGGAAAGGUGGAAAAGGCUGGGGGAGGCUUUUACCCAAAAUGGGGUUCAUAUCCUAAAAAAUAUAGAUUUAAGUUAAAGAGUAACAAUAACUAACACUAGAUAUUAAAUACAUUAGUGUUAAAAAAUAAAAUUUAUUAACACAAUGUAAAAUGUAAAAAAUGAUGAUACUGAAAUAAAAAGGCUUUAUUAUUACCCACA